UUUCGCAGUGAGGAUUUUCUUCGGGUUCUGUGACGAGUGAGAAUCGCGAAAUCAUGCCGCUCGCGGAACCGAAGUUCAAGAUCGGCGACGUCGUGUUUGCCAAAAUUAAGGGAUACCCGCAUUGGCCUGCUCGAGUGGAAGACGUGUCCAUUUCCAAGGCUGGUAUUACGUAUAAAGUCUUCUUCUUCGGAUCUUAUGAAGCUGGAUGCUCGAAGGAGCAGCAUGUUGAAGCUUUCAUCGGAAAUGAAGAAGUAUACGGUAAGCCCAGACCCAGAGCCCGAUUCAAUGAGGCCAUGGAAGAAGCAAGAACGAAACCGAAUCUCACCUUGGAAGACGUGAGGGACGAAAUCAAAGACCGUCCCCCAACUGUACCACCUGCUCUUCCGAAAUCGUCUCCAGUGAAGGAUGAAGACAAGGAAGAGGAGGACAUGUCAGCCAAUACGGAGACUUUGCUUGUGAAAGCUCCCUGUGGAGAGUAUGUUAAGAUAUCCGUCACCGUCGAUGAAAAAACAGAGGAAGUUGAGGAAAAUAUGAAAUUAGUGAAGGAGGCCAUCCAAACAGGAGAAUACGUUCCAUCGGGCCUAAAGAGACGACUGGACGCUCGAAUGGAAGUAGCGAAGAACCUCGCUAAGUCGAACAAAAGAUUCAAGCCAAUGAAUGUAGCCCCGCGCGACGUUGAGAUCGAAUUCCUCAAAAACGAAACUUAUUUCGUGAUGAAAACGCGUGCCCUGAGCACGAAGUUGAAGGAGCACCAAGAAUUGUCAAAAGAGGACAAAAAUACGAAGCAAGUGGAGGAAGAAAUGUGUGCAAUCUUGAAGGAGAUGACUGAUGCUGAAGCUUGCAAACGGGCUUCACCCGUCGUGUUGCUGAAGAAUCCCCAAAUUUUCCAUGUUAUUCGUGAGCUUACGCGUGAAGCUGCGGGUGAAGCUGUUUCAGUGGCAGCAGAUCCAAUGAUGGACAUGAUUGCCUCAAUUUUUGGCAUUCACCCCGGACAGUCGUUUCUGAGUGCGUACAUCGUCAGGAAACGUUUUCCAAAGCACACUGUGAAGCCAUGGUGCUUUGACAGGAUGUUUCCAGAGAGGUUCCUCGAUGACAAAUCAGCCAGGAAAAUUGAAUCUCCAGACUCUGGAGGAAAAUCUUCUCGUGAAGCCAGUAGAGCAAAUACUCCAUCAAUUGCAAACGAAACAUCUGUUCAAGAAGUCAUCAGUGAUCCUGUUUGUUCAAAAUCAUCUCUCACGCGCGAGAAAUCCACUGAGAGUGAUGAGAAAUCUCCUGUCGACUCCAUUAAACCCCCAACUCCCACUGAAGAUAAUCCUUCGAGAUCAUCAUCGAAGAGUCCAGAUCCAGAAGCAUCUGAUGUUGCUGAAGCGCGGCUUUCAGGUGAAAAUCAGGGAAAAUCGGAAGAUGAGCGUUCUUCUGGACAUGAUGAAGUUGAAAACGGGUCUUCGAUGCCAUUGGAAGAAUCACCGGCAGUGGAAAAAGCAACAACGCCAGCUGUUGAAGAUCAGCCUGCGUCUCCUGGAUCAAGCGUGUCCAGUCCAAAACGCGCGACUUCCCGUAAUUCAAAGAGCUCUGGAAGUAAGAAGAGUGGGAAAGGGGAUUCGUCAAACAGCGAUUCCGACAGUUCAUCUUCAUCUUCCUCGGAUUCUGAUAGUUCUUCGAGUGAUGACGAUGGCUCGGCUUCCGAACGCAGCCGAUCACAAUCCCGCAACUCAACAAAGUCAGAAUAAAUUGGAUGCUCUUCACUUAAGAAAUGAUUAUGAUCAACAAAAAACUGCUCUUGUAAUGAUGAUCUCAUUGGAAAUGAGACAGCAACCAUGAAAAAUGUAUGAUACAUUUUGACAAAUAGUCAAGGAAAAAGAGGCAAGACACCGCCCUAAAAUGACCGCGAUGAUUGAAACCUCCCUAUCCGGUGUUCACGGUGUGACGCAUGAUUUCAUUUUCACGAACGUGCACACUAAAGUUUCCUUGGAGAUGCGCAGAUGUUGCUGCUGUAUUAAACUGCUUCGAUGAGUUCCAAAUGAAUUUUUCCUUGAGAAUUCUUUUUGUUCAUGAAUCGACUCAAACUUUCCAUUUUGUAAAUGGCCUCUUGGAUAUGCAGGGAUUUCUGAAAUAUAAACUUGUAUCCAGGGAAUGUUCUUUGCUGAGAAAUGAAGCCGUGGUUAUUGUGAGGA